CUCUUGACGUACAUGUAUUUAAAUGUUGUACCACAACAAUGUACAUACAGAGAUUAUUUUUACAAAUGAAUUUAUCAUGCAUAUGUGUUUGAGGGUUACAUUUUUUAUUCUGUUUUGUUUCGGUGUUGAAGGACUUCUCCUAGAUGAUGGCAAGCUAGAACCUAUGAAGUUUAGCUCGUCUGCUCACGGUCCUAAAAUAGAACUAUCAGAUAACGACACCGUUGCUACGCGAUACGAGGGCUAUUGUUGGUCGGUGUGCCUAUCAGACCAACCACUCAAGGUCGGACAAACGCUUCAUUUCAAUAUUUCAGAAAUAGAAAUGGGAUGGAUGUCCAAUCUGAAUGUAGGGAUAAUAUAUACGUCACCUGAUAGUUUACCUUUAGGUAGCCUGGUCACGUGCGAUGCCAACCUUAGUGUCUCCAUACCCAACACGGAAGUAUUUAUCUUCCAGAGAUUCUACUCCGCCGAUAACAUUUACAGCUUCACAGUUGAUGACGAAGGAAUAGCCUACUUGUCUCCUAACGUAACAAGUGAUGACAUAGUUUUCACCGGUGUUGACGUCACAAAGACAUUCUGGGCCAUAUUCAAUAUAUUUGGUGACAGUAAAGCAGUGAAGCUUCUUGGAUUGACCUAAAAACUUGUAAUGCAUAUUGGUAAUGCAUAUUGAUAUGCAUUUGUUUAAAAUGUUUUGACAAAUUAUUACACGUGUAUCAACUUAAAUGGUGAUUAGAUCUAUA